ACUUUUGGUGAACUUAUUUCUUUAUAUAACAACUCCAGAAGCUUGUAACUUUUAACCUGUCUGAUCCUGGGAUUCAACAUGGCCUCUCCUCAUUCACUUGCAUUGACAAAAAAAGUUUAUUCAAUUUUAAAAAUUUCUGAUGCGCAGCAAAAGCAACAAGCAAAACGGUCAGACACGGAGACAAGAGCCAUGGAGAAUCAAUUUGCUUAUUUCAUUGCGACUCGAUUAGCACUAAAAUUUGUAUAUUGUGAAACAAGGUUAGGUGCCAUUUAUGCAAGUAUUAAAGGAGAUCGAAGGGAAAUCCUCCACUCAGUUGUUGAGAGACUUGGCUUUCUUAAGGCACAAGGUCAAAACCCAAGUGAAGUUGAUCUAUCAAAUGCUAUGUUACAACAUGGUAUAUCUUCUUUAAGUAUCUCUCACAAACCUCCUGAUCAACUUGAUUCACUUGAAAUCAUUGUUAACAUGGCACAUGAACUCAUAGAUAUGAGAACUAUACAUGAUGAACCAUACUCUUCUGGUAAUAGUUACAGUUUUGGUGAUCAUCUGAUUCAAAAGUUCUCAGCAGCUGUAUAUCUUAGUCGGGAACCACUGAUGACUCUUAUUGAAUUCAUUAAACAAAAUAUAAUCAGUCAAAACAACAAAUUAACAAUACGAGUAGAAGAUGAACAUGAAGUAAAAGUGGGGAAGGAUUGCAGUGAAGUCCUUACGUAUGUAUUUGGACUAGCAAAAAGUGGUUUGAAUGGUAGUUUAUCUGACGCUUUGCCUUCAAUCAUUCAGUUUAUGUGUCAGACAAUUGUCACUACUGAGCCUAUUGUUGAUGACAGAAUAGCACUUGUUAUUUUAGCAUGUCUUCGACAAGCACAAGAUUUCACAUUGUGUAGAAAAGUUCACCAUGAAUAUUUUAAAAGACAAAUCUUCUCAUACAAAUUUCUUUUUUUGGAUUUGACCAGAUUUAGCCUAUUACCUGUCCUGUACUACUUCAGAACAGCAAUCAUGGACAAUAUAUUACAAUGACAAAGAUACUGGCAGUGCUGUUUCUUCUUUCGUGAGCCAUAUCAACAAACAAUACAAAAUAACUGUGCAUUCUAAAUUGCAGUCUGAAAUUACAAUUAAAGAAAAAGGAAGAAUUGUCAUCAGCAAUAGAAAUCUCGAUCACUUGAAGAGUAUUCUACUGUCAUCAGUAGCUUCUGUCCAUUCUGAUAUGUCAAUGGUACUGGGAAUGGAGGCUAUGCAAGAAGGGAUGCCACCAACUCCUCGUUUACACUUCAGAUCCCCCCAGUACAUUGGCAUUUUCAGUUUCUCCUCUACCAUAUAAGUUUGGUUAUAUUUCAAAAGAGAAGUAUGAAGUGAUGCAAACCACAGAAAACGUCACGUAUUUUAACAUGGUCAAAGACGUCAUGGCUACCUCACUCCAGCCUUAUUCAAAGCAACCUCUAGAGUGUCAGUAUCGUAAAGCUGACCAUAUUUGGAUCACUGGCAGUCAGUCCUUGAGACAUCAUUUUUAUAAAAGUGCUCUCAUUGCACCUUAUGUCCCCAUGCACUGGGUCAAGGUCAAGCAGCCUGAUGGAAGUCCAGAGUUAGAAAUUAAAUAUGAAACAAGAGCAAACGCUGAAAUGCAGUCAGACACGGUCUCACCUAAAACCUCAGAACUAGUUCUUUUAAAUUCUCAUUGCUACACUCAAAUAUCAAUCACUAUUUUAACGGGUGAACAAUCAGUCAUUUCUUUAUAUAAUAAUUCAGAAGAGGCUGAACCCCCUGGUUUUAUCGGUUGCGAUUAUCUAGCACCUAGUCAUGAGUUGAAAGGGAAGGUUCUCUGGAAGGAAAUGAAACUGUUUGAUAUUGUCAAAGACGAGAGAGUUGGGAGAGAGUUACCACUUCCUUCAAAGAGAGGAACUGAGUCUGGGGACAUGACAGCAACUACUGCAUCUAAAGCUUUGGGUGAUGAUCCUGACAGAUUUAAACCAUCUACUCGACCAACCAGUUCAGUUUAUGAUACAACUAAGAGUACAGCUGGUGGUAUUCGUCCACUAGGUGUGACUACCGCCAACGAGCAACAGAUUAAGAGACAGGCUUUAGAGGCUUUUGAUACUGCUGGUCAAUGCUUUUAUGGUGAUAAUAUUAAGUUCUUCAGUGGAAAGGUCUAUACACAACCUAAUGCAUUACCAGGUGCAAGAGUAUUGAGGGAAGGAGGGAAUGGACUUGUAUUAGAGGUAAGGAGUGGAUAUGUGUACAUGAAUGUACAAUGUACAAUAUGGUGAGUUAUAUAUGCAGGGCUUUCCACAGCAUAUAGUGCUCAUGUAGCUUCUUGUCAGUGGAUUGUGAAGUUGCUCAAAUUGGGCCAAAGACCCUGUACAGGAAUUUUAACAAA